AUGACUCAACCUGUUGACGUUCUACUCAUCGGCCUCGGUGCCAUCGGGACAGUCUACUCCUACAUCCUCGAGCGGAGCGGGAAGGCAAGGGUUACAGCCGUUGCGCGCUCAAACUACGACCUGUAUGCGACCACUGGAGUAAGCCUCGAGACAGGCCGCUUCGGGACUAUCAAAGGCUACAAGCCGUCUAGAGUGUUCAAGAGCCAGGCGGAUGCGCUCGACCGCCAUUACGCGCUGUGCGUCGUGUGCACCAAGAGCUUGCCAGAUGUGCUUCCAACCACCGACUUGCUGUGGGAUGCACUGCACAGUGGCAAGAUCGGAGCAUAUGUGCUCAUCCAGAACGGCCUGGACGUCGAGAAGGAGCUCGCGGUAGCCACCCGAGCGCCCUUGGUGUCGUGUGUUGCAUGGAUCGGGGUCAUGGCUUCUUCGGACGGCGCCGUGGUCAAGUGGGCUGGUGUCGAGAAGAUAGGCGCCGGCAUCUAUCGGGCUGACGGUGGAAAACCGAGCAGUGAGGAGCAGGCAGCACUCGACCUCUGGCUCGGUCUCGUCAAAGCCGGUGAGGGCAACACGGUCGUAGCCGACAACAUCCGGAGCACGCGGUAUGCCAAGAACGUCUGGACGUGCACCCAGGCUGGAGUGCAGAGUCUGAUCCGCACGUACCAGACGUGUUUCCGGCCGCUGGGGCCAGAGCACCACCUACAAAUCAAGAAGUUCUACCGCGAGGUCGUCGAGCUCGGGUUCAAGACGGGCCUGCUGUACGAGGGUAUGAUCGUCCAGCCUUCCGGCCAGGCGGUCGGGAAUAUCGAGGACAUUGUGAACAUGGACUUUGACAGGUUCAUUGUCAACGGGUCCGCUCACAAAUGGUCAAUGUUGCUCGAUGCCGAGAACGGGCGGCCGUUCGAGGUCGAGGUUGUUGUUGGGUCUGUUGUGCGACUCGCUCAAGAGUACGGCUUUGACGCCCCCCGCACCGAGUUCAUGUACACGCUGCUCAAGGGACUACAGCAGUCGAUUCUCGAGGAGCGCCAGCGCAAGCUGGAUAGCAAGUGA